CUUCCAAAAUAUUUAACCUAGUCAAGUUUUUAUUUUAUAAUUACAUUUUAAGAACACUUAAACUUAAGUCUCCUUAACUUUCAAAUAAUAUAACUAUAAUAAUGAAUAGGAAAAAAGCAUCCAAACCUUUAUUUUCAUACUUCACCACUCCGUUUGGUCGGAAAUUGACCUUUAUCGCUGCCGGCACCACUACUGUAGGUCUGUUCAUUGGUAAUUUCAUACCUCACACAUUCUUCUUGGACAAAUAUCAGGAAUUUGUGCAGUGCUACAAAGAUGGCAUUCCUCGUCCUGUUCCGCCGGAGAUUAAAGAACGUCUCGAAAGAGCAAUGAACAUUCUCAAUGUUCCAGCGUAUGAGCGUAGAGUUUUGAAGCCAUUUACUGUCUAUGGAUUCGAUAUGUUCUCCGCAGGAUCAACUAAAUCCAAAUAUGGCGGAAUCAUUGGUAUUCCAACGAACUACUCGUACACUUCCAUCGACAACAUCGAUCGAAGUGAGAUUCGCUUCCGCACCGAACAAAUCAAAUGGGGCUCUGAAAGUGGCCAGAUGUUGCAGGAAGCACUCGUUCUUAAGGAAGACGAACAAAUCUUCGGAAUGUGCAAAACAAUUCUUGAAAUGCAGACGCAACGAGUUCUUCUUAACUCGGCAUUCCCCAGUAUAUCCUUCCUGGCAGUGUAUAGCGUUGGAAGUUACCUCAACCAGAGAAUGAACCUGCUAGCGAAGCCGAUUUCUUUGCGUUUGGUGAUGUACGCGAUUCUUGGACUCUUUGGGGUGGGAAGUUGGUCAUUCAUGAAAGACUACAACCAAGUUCUCUAUGAGACAUCAAUAGACAAGCAGAUAAGUACAUUGGGACCAGAUUUCGUUGACGCUGGAAGGCGCUUCUAUGACAAACUUUUGAAAAAGAACAUGGCUCUGCGUGCCCUCAUUGGCGAUGAUACCUACACAUCCAAGGGCAACGAGAAUUUCUAUUUGCGACAGAAGACACUCCCUCUGACCAUUCACAAAGCCUUCUUCGAAGAAGAAUGGAACAAACUUAAAGGAGAGAAUCAAGAAGCAGCACAGUAGUUUUGUUUUAGUGUUUUUUUAGGAUUUUAAAUAAAAAUGUUACAUUAUUAUGAAAGGAA